AUGAGGUUGAAGCUACAGAGCAGCACCAAACAGAGCAUCGUCACUGUUGACGACGAUGCGAACGUGGCUGGCCUGCUGGAAGUGCUCAAGGAGCAGGGAUAUGGUGAUGUGAGGAUCAAAAUUGGGUUCCCACCAAGAGCCGUCAGCGUGGCUGACGGGAAUGUGAGACUGAAGGAUGUUGGCAUCCACAACGGGGAGAAGUUGGUGCUAGAGGAGCCCUCGGUGAGUCCAAUUGUGCCAAUUGAACAGGAUGAUACGCCACGAAGCUCAACUCCCCAUGUGGGAGUUGAGGAUGGGUACUGUGUGCUGAGAAGAGUCCCUGAUGAUAACUCGUGCCUGUUCAGGUCGAUAUCGUAUGCUGUGUUUGCGAACCUGGAGGAGGGCUCUCAACUACGCUCUGUUGUUGCCGAUGCCAUACGUGACGAUGAGGUGUGCUAUUCCAGUGCCAUUCUCGGCAAGGAGCCGUCCUCGUACGCCGAGUGGAUCCAGAGGCCAAAUAGCUGGGGUGGUGCUAUCGAACUUCAGAUACUCGCAAAGCAUCUGGGGAUCACAAUACACUCACUUGAUGUUGAGCAUGGCCGUAUUGACGACUUCAAUCCAGGCUGCUCAACGUUCAUCGUGCUCCUGUACAGUGGGAUCCACUAUGACACAGCUGCGUUCACUCCACUGAGCAACGUCGAUUGUAAAGACCUGGAUGUCUGUGUCUUCACCAGGGAGAGUGAGCUAGGUAAAGCCUUUAUCAAAGGUCUGAGGGAACUGGGGGCUCAGCUGAAUCACAAAGGUUACGUUACAAACACCUCUACUUUCAAGAUCAAGUGCAACGACUGUGGCACGGUUCUACACGGAGAACGUGAUGCUAGUGAGCAUGCGUCUACACAUGGCCAUUAUAACUUUGGGGAAGUGUAA